AUGUUCGACAAGACAAAGAGCUUCGCCCACAAACCAAAGGUCUUGUACCUUGGUCUUCCCAAACAUCAGUCUAGUAGGAUUCGCGACCAAUAUACUGAACUGUUCGACAUCGAUUUUCUUGAUGUGUCAACCAGAGCAGAGGCACUCGAAGGCAUACCCAAGAUAGUGGCCUCCCGCGGUCCAUACCAGGCUUUAGUCUGCCGACUUGGACCUCAGCCUUACGAGCCCUUCGACGCCCAACUUCUAAGCCCUCUCCUACCAGAUCUCCGCAUCGUGGUGUCGGCCCAGCGAGGCUUCGACGACUUCCACGUCGACUGGAUGACGACACAGGGCAUCUGGUUCUGCAACACCAAACACGCUACCGUCGACGCCACUGCCGAAAUGGCUCUUUUCCUCACAAUGGCUGUAGUCCGUAACACAAAUCACGCAGAACGGAGUCUGCGCUCGGGACGGUGGAGAGACCGUCUACCUCUGUCACGGGAUCUGAGAUCCAUCACUUUGGGCAUCGUGGGAAUGGGCAGUAUAGGAAUGUCUCUCGCACAUAAGGCUACAGCGUUGGGCAUGCAGGUUAGGUAUCACAGCAGGAACGGUAAAGCGGUGCAAAAUAGAGCCCCCGCUGGUUCAGUGCACUGCGCGACUCUGAACGAGCUCCUGCAGACUUCGGAUGUUGUCUCACUUCAUUGUCCGCUAGAUCAAAGUACCUGGCAUCUGAUCAGCGACAAACAGUUCCUGUUGAUGAAAGACGGCUCAUAUGUUAUCAACACUGCUCGGGGUGCUAUCGUAGACAACCAGGCGCUGAUUCGAGCUUUGGAGAGUGGCAAACUGGCUGGAGCGGGACUAGACGUGUUUGAGAACGAGCCGACAGGCAUCGACCCAUACUUUCUGGAGAGCGAUAAGGUGGUUCCUAUUCCGCACAUGGGCGGACUGACGGAAGGUUCAUUCGAACUAGCCGAGCAAGAGUGUUUGGAUAACGUGCAGGAAUAUUUCACAAAGGGACGACCGUGUACACCACUCAACUGUGUCGAUGAGCCGGUGCACAGCGUCGUUCAUGCUGUACUUUGA